UUGAUUGAAAAAUGUUUAAUAAAUUAAGUCGACAUUGGUUGCAGCAGUAAAAAUCUGUAGGAAAAAAAGUAAAUUCGUGAUUCAAAAGUGCAUAAAAAUUUUAUACAGAAAUGAUUUCAACAUUUGCUACCAUAGCACCGCACCUGAAACUUAGUAGAAAAGUUAUAUCCAUCGACAAUGUUGGAUUCAAGUUUCAUUACCGACUAACUUUUAUAAUUUUACUUGUGUGCACAAUUCUCGUGACGUCAAGAAGCUACAUAGGUGAACAUAUCCGUUGUAUGGUUGGAGGAGGACCAACAAUUCCCGAGCAUGUUAUCAAUACAUUCUGCUUUUUUACAACAACCUUCACAAUAGUGCGUCACUUAAAUCAGACAUUACUCGAAAAAGGCAUAAUACCUCACCCGGGUAUUGGACCACUUUAUCCAGAUGAUGAAGUUACGCAUCACGCUUACUAUCAAUGGGUGCCAUUUGUUCUAUUCUUUCAAGCUGUCUGCUUUUAUCUUCCACAUUUAUUUUGGCGAUCAUGGGAAGGUGGAAAAAUAAAAGCACUAGUGGAUGGACUACAGAGAGUUUUACUAUCGAGAUAUAUUCGUGGCGAUGAGGAUGUGACGAUUAAUAAAGAUUAUACCAUAAAAGCUAUGUCGACGCUACAAAAAAAGCUUUCGACAAUAAAAAUCGCAUUUUUACGACACAUCAUCGUUAACCGUCACUGGGCAUCAAAAAUGAUAACUUGUGAAAUCAUGAACUUCCUUAAUUGCUGUCUACAAAUUUACAUAACACAUGUUUUCCUCGGUCGACAAUUUCUCCGUCUCGGCAUCGAUUUCAUACACGAUGAUUUUACUGGAGCGAUGGACUCACUCGACAUUGUCUUUCCAAAAGUCACAAAAUGUCAUUUUCACAAAUACGGCGCAUCAGGGUCUAUACAGAAGCAUGAUGCACUGUGUGUUAUGGCACUUAAUAUAAUUAAUGAGAAAAUUUUCGUUUUCCUGUGGUUUUGGUACUGCAUUCUAUUGACUGUUUCCAUUUUAUCACUUCUGUGGAGAUUAAUUACCGUGUGUCUUCAUUCAAGAUCAAAUGCAUUUAAUGGUUUUGUGUUUUCAACUGCAUGUCCCGGAAAAAUGAAUCCUUGGGACAUGAUUGUCGUCACAAAUGAAUUUUACUUUUCCGAUUGGCUGUUUCUUUAUUAUCUAGCAAAAAAUAUGGAACCAUUUUUAUUCCGAAAAAUGCUUCUCGAAUACAUCAUUCCAGAAGUUCAGAGUGAGAGAAAUUCAUUAAUUUAUGGACAUGAGGCAGACAGUGACACUGCAAGUUUAAAUGAAAAGGAAAAGUUGAAGGAAGAAGAAAACAAUGACGAAACAGAUGAUGACAGUUUACAUUCUAUAGACAUGGAAAGUGCACCAUCAAGUUGCUUGAUGGCUGUUAAUGAAAAGAAAGUUAAAUUUGUGUGAAUCGUGACUGUAAAGUUUUAUAAUUGACUGCUUAUUUAUUUGGAGAUAAUUAAUUUGUGACUUAUGACAUACCAUAGAUAAUGAAAUUGUUGCUGUUCUGUGUUAUGUAAUGACCUUUGGAGGUGUUUCGGUCAGAUAUUUGGGAUAUUAAGGAUGAAUUUGAGUUGAAAGCUUUAAAUUUUUAAAAUUUUGGAAAGUAAUUAAAAUUUGAGAAU